CAACAGGACAGCCAGAAGAGUACAAGAGGAUAUCUGCAAAGCUACUCCCAGAGCCUUUUUGGUGACCUGAGUAAGAGUUACAAAAUGUCUUACAACGUGACUCUCAAUGGACCUGGACCAUGGGGUUUCCGACUGCAAGGGGGAAAGGAUUUCAACAUGCCCUUGACCAUAUCCAGAAUUACACCUGGCAGCAAAGCAGCCCAGUCACACAUGAACCAGGGGGACCUUGUGAUUGCCAUUGAUGGAGUCAACACAGAUGGGAUGACCCACUUAGAGGCUCAGAACAAGAUCAAAUCAGCCAGCUACAACCUGAGCCUCACCCUUCAAAAAUCUAAACGCCCAGUUCCAGUUCCAACAGCCAUACCUAAAGUUGACUCUCCCAGGCCUGUGAUUCCCCAUCAGAAGGACCCUGCUUUGGAAAUCAAUGGCAACAGAACCACCAUCAGUCCUCUAACUAGCACAGCGACUGGCCAUGUGGGUAGUAUUUUAACCACCAAUGGAACGUUUUCAGGCUUCCUCAGCAAGCAAGAGAUCAGCUGUUCAAAUAGCUCUUCCUUCUUAAAGACAACUGCAGUUAGUACUUCCAUGGCCUCCCUGUCUGUGACACCUGACAUUUCACCUGCAAAGAGUAACCUAGGUUCAAAACUAAGCCCUGUGUUCACUGAUGCCAUUAGUCCUAAACAUCAGCUGAGCCCUGCAAGGCAAUAUAACAACCCCAUUGGUCUUUACUCAGCAGAGACUCUAAAGGAAAUGGCUGAGAUGCAUAAAUUAAGUCUCAAGCGAAGGGCUUCAGAAGGUGGACUUCCUAGAGGUGAAUCUCCACUGGCUAGCCUUCCUGUUAAAGAUCCUCACAUAGACAGUGCCUCUCCAGUGUAUCAAGCAGUGCUUAAAACUCAGAACAAGUCUGAGGAUGAGAUUGAUGACUGGACUCGUCGUUCUGCCAAUCUCCAGUCCAAGUCUUUCCGCAUCCUCGCCCAGAUGACGGGAACAGAGUACAUGCAAGACCCAGAUGAAGAAGCCCUGAGGAAAUCAAGUGGCAAGGAAAAUGUUGCUGCAGCAGCUGAACACAGUCCUACAGGUUCUCAUCCUAUGGCACAGUGUGUGACCUCAAGUGUUUGGCAUCCUUCUAAGUCCCGCACCAUGGAUGCCAACAUUGACAAAGCUAAGCCAGUGGCCUCCAAGGGUUCCGUGAGGUAUGGAACGGAUGCAAGUCAAAGGGAAGCCAGUUACAUCAGGACUGGCCAGAAAGCCCCUCUUACUUCAUCCAGUAAUCAAAGUACCCCUGUCGAGCAUGCGCCAGUGUCCACCAGCUCUGCCUCUGCUGUGCCAGCUGCUUCAAGCAAUCAGCCUGCUGCCGCUGCUCAAAACACAUGCAAUCAGAUGACAGCAUCAUCAGCCACUCCCAUCUCAGUAGUACAAGAUUCCUUUUCUUCCUCUUUCCAAAGCUUCAACCGGCAUUCUUCCACCUCCAUCAGCUACCAGUCAAAAAAGAGAGGUACGGGCCAGUCCUACACAUCAACACCAGUCCCCCAAGGUACUGCUCCUUCCGCAGGCUACAGUGAAAGUCCAGUUCCUGCUCCAAAACCAAGAGUUGUCACUACUGCUAGCAUAAGGCCCUCCGUCUACCAGCCAGCAGCACCAGCACCAGCACCAGCACAUUCUUAUACAUCAGGUCAUGCUGAUCCUUCAUGCCGUCCUCCCUGGGUAAUAGAUGACUCCUUUUCCCAGAAAUUUGCACCUGGAAAAACCACCACCUCCGUUACCAAACAUAUCCUGCCACGGGGUGCACCAGCACCAUCUCCUGCCUCAACUUCCACUUACUCCUCUCCUUCAAUACCAGCUUCUUCCCAGGCUCCUACUGUAGCCCGGGGAACAAUUCAAAGGGCUGAGCGUUUCCCAGCCAGCAACCGAACUCCUCUCUGUGGACACUGUAACAGCAUAAUUAGGGGGCCUUUCCUGGUAGCCAUGGGUCGUUCCUGGCAUCCAGAGGAGUUCAACUGUGCUUACUGCAAGACCUCUUUAGCAGACGUGUGCUUUGUGGAAGAGCAAAACAGUGUGUACUGUGAGCGCUGCUACGAGCAGUUCUUUGCACCAACUUGUGCCAGAUGCCAGACCAAGAUCAUGGGGGAAGUGAUGCAUGCGUUAAGACAGACUUGGCAUACAACUUGCUUUGUCUGCGCUGCCUGUAGGAAGCCGUUUGGGAAUAGCCUCUUCCACAUGGAGGAUGGAGAGCCCUACUGUGAGAAAGAUUACAUCGCUUUGUUCAGCACAAAAUGCCAUGGCUGUGAUUUUCCUGUUGAAGCAGGAGAUAAAUUCAUUGAAGCCCUUGGACACACUUGGCAUGACACCUGCUUUAUUUGUGCUGUGUGCCACGUGAAUUUAGAAGGUCAGCCAUUUUACUCCAAGAAGGAUAAGCCACUGUGCAAGAAACAUGCUCAUGCCAUCAAUGUGUAAAAGAAAAUCUGGAAGCCAGUGGCACUUGCUAGCUAACAUGUCUCAGUGGGGGAAGCUAUUGAACACUUCUUAAGUAUCAUUUUAAUCACUUGGAUAUUUCCAGAACAUACAUUUGCAUGGUUCAUACAGAAAGUUGAAUGAAAACUCAACAGCAAAUUAAUCAAAUAUUACUGAGUCAAUAUUACUGCAAAAGUUAGAACGAAAAUUAAAGAGAUUGAAAUAAAUUUUUUAAAUGUUUUUUGCAAAAAAUAAGUAAUCAGAAUACUCAGAUCAAUCUUAGAGCUGAGAGCAUACACUAAUAUUUAAAAGCAAUUGAAGACUCAUUCUUGGUAUUUGUUACAAGAAAAUAUUAAGUGCCAAAAUAUUAAUUGUAAAAUAAUUUAUAGACUCAUAGCUAAUAAUUUUGAAAUUAAGAUUAGUGGGUUAGGAUUUCUUCACUAAAAAGGAAAUGUGAUUCUAUUAUGUAUGUCAUUGUGCUGCCUCAAAGCACCAAUUUCUUGACUUUUGCACUUCCUAUAAGCCAAGGGUUCGCUACCUUUUUCUUUCUGAGUCUCCCGCCUCCCCAACAUGCUACAAAAAUGGCACAGUUCACGUGUACGAGAACUGUUUUUCUGCAUAUGAAAGUCAAAGCUGGCAUUAGGGGUAGCAAGCUGGGCAUUUGCUUGGGGUCCCGUUUCAUAAGGAGCCCCACGAAUCUAAGCUGCACAGGCUUCAGCAUCAGCCCUGAGUGGUGGGACUUGGGGCAGUGAGGCUUUGGCUUUCUGCCCUGGGCCCUGCUUGGUGGACCUUCUGAAACCUGCUCAUUCCCCCCUCCCCCUCCCCGAGGCCCCCACACCCCUGGCUGAGAACUGCUGCCAUAUGUUUUCCCAAACAAUAUGUAUGUUUGUCUUGAAUCCAAAUAGAACUACAAUGCUGAGGAGGCAAUGUAUGACUCAAACUCUCCAACCAGGACUGAGACAGAAAGUUUUCAUGUAAAUCUUCAGUCAGUGCACAUGCAUUAUUUCAUUUUGCAAUCAGAGUGGAAAAGGAAAACGGACUUACUCUAAUUUGCUCUUACAUGGAAAGAGAGACCAUGUUAUGUUUCUUGUCAAAGCAGAUUCAUCUUUCCAUUUGCCUUCGAAGGGAAAACAUCUAGUUACCACUUGUUUAGUACUGCAGCCCCAGCCUCCAUGUAACACAGCUAGGAAGGGUAUGAGUGGAAAAUAGCCUGGGAGUGUUCUCCACUCAAUUGCAAAUCUUGGGAAAGGGGCAUCUUUACUUAUAUGAAUGUAAGUGAAGACUAAUAAAACACUUCAUAGAGCAGCACCAAAUUCCAAUCACAUGCUCUUAUUAUUGUGAUUAUCUUCUUUAAAUGAAAUACAUCCCAACUGUGGUUGUGGUUGCUGCAGUAAGAAGAUACAUAAGCUCGUACACAUAAGACCGGGUUAAUAUAUCACCUGUUCUAACAAUUUAAAAUCAUCUGACAUGUUCUUUAAAGUAUUUAUAAGAGUGCAUAUAUUGUUGUGAAAAGCAGCAAUUAUUUAUGGCAUUGGUGAUAGCUUUGUAUUUUAAAAUUUUGUAUGUGAGACAGUAGUUUAUUGCUACUUAGCAGCGAAAAAUAAUAAUACUUAAGGACAGAAAGUUCCAUCACUCUUCAAGUUUUCAGCUAUUUAUUUUGAGUGAGCAUUAUGAUUUUAUGAUGACUGACAGCAUACAGUACUGACAAUGUUAACUCAAUAUUUCUCAGGCUCCAGCUACGUAGUAUGGGGCCCUAUUUUGAUCCUACCUACAUCCCAGUGUAUCUUGGAUUUUUACACAGUCUAAAUAUAAAAGUGGAUCAUUUAGUGGCUGGGUUUUUUCGCUCAUAAAAUUCUACGGCCAUCUUAGGAAACAUGCCGUAUUUUCUUAGAUUAAAUAAUUAAGAAAAUAUCUGAUAGGUGGUAGGAGGAUCAAAAUAAAAAGGCUUUUUGUUUUUAACACUCAAGUUUCAUAUUGUCUUUGCUAACUGCACUCAUAUAUUCUGAAAAAGUAGUGCUUAUGUUAAAAUUGUGCUCAGCAGAUCUGAGUUGUGUGACCUAUAUUUAUGCUAUAGAGAAUCUUGUUUUCACAGAUCUUAGUGUUGUCACAAGAAUCAGAUUUGUGUAUAGAUGAAUUAUUCGUAAACAGUUUUGCUAGCAUAUUAGGUUGCAAGUAUUUUUUCUAUAGUAGGUAUGUCUUUUUCCACUUAUUAACCAAGUUUUCAGUUAGUGGAAAUGAGCAUAACACCACUGACUAUUCCAGUGAAGGAUCUGGCUCCUUGCAUUCAUUGCAGGAUAAGUUACAAUCAUUGCAAGGAAACACUCGUUUUCCAUAUGAUUUCUGUUCUCUGGACAGUGAUGCAGUGUUCUUCUAUCCACCGGCAUUGCUUUUCAAAAAUGUCAAGACCUUUCAAGACUCUAGUGCCACUCAACAAGUAAUAGUGUUUAUCACUCUUCAUUAUUUAUUGAUAGAAUCAGUAUCUGGAUAUAUGGUACACCAUGGAUAGAGAACAUUGCAGCAGCUCUUUCUGGUGGCUUUUGUUUGUUACCUACUAGGAGGGGUUUAUGUAGAUGCUACAACAGCACAGCUGCACCUACACUGUUGUACUGCUGUAAUAUAGACACUUCAGUAAUGAAAGGAUUUCCAUUGCUGUAGUAAAUCCAUCCUUGAGAGGUGGUAGCUAGAUCAAUGGAAGAACCUUGACCUAAUAUCACAGAGGGUGUAAGAUUUUUCACAGCCCUGAGUGAUAUAGUGAGGUCAACUUAAAUUUUAGGUAGAUACCAGCCUAAGACGUAUACAAUACAUUACCCACACUUGAAAUCUAUAUUUACAUGCUAUUUUUGCACAACCCCUAACCAGAAGCUGGUGCAUGCUAGUGUACUAUUUUGAAUCUCUUAUGGGUAAAAUGCUAUGAAUCACCUUAAUGGUUCUGCAAUGUAGAACGUGCUCGUAGGACAAACAAGAUACACAUGCAUAACUUAGAUUAGGACCCUUACAUUAUACAGUGCUGCUGUUAUUCUGCACAAAAGGUAAUUUUCAGGUAGAAUGAUGUGUAUUAUUGUUUAUGUCUUGUAACAAUUACCUGGGUUAAGUCAAAAGAUUUCCUAAGGUAAACUUUUCAUUCUAAUUCAUAUGUGCAAUUUUGCCUAGAAGAGAAAAACACUGUACCUCUGAAUAGCCAAAUGAUGAAACUAUACAAGAAUAAGGGUUUUUAAUAAAAGGUUCUUUUGCAAAUCCUAUCUUCCAUUUAAUUAAAAACAGUCUUCAAUCUCUAUGCAACUGAAAGUUCCAUAAAUAAGCUUAAGACAUUUAAUGAUUUUUCCCCUUUUCUGUUUAAUUGCAGCACAGAAAAUAAAACACUUCAAAAGAACUUUCACUGUAACUAGCUAUUGAAAAUUUCUUUCAGCUUAACAAAUUGUUAGUUUUUUCUUCAUAAGAUCACAAAAAAAUUCAACCAAAAUAAGAAAAAAAAUUUAAGUUUGGUCCUUCAGUGGUCAGUAACAUAAGUGAAAUGUUUUUAUUUAAUGUUAUGUCUUUUUAUAUUUAAUAAUGUGAAUGUUUACAGCACUAAACACACGUAUUAGUGUCUAUUGCUGGGCAGCGUAAUGUUUAUUUGCAAUACUUGUCUCCUGGUGGUAGACAUUAAUUCGUUUAGUAUUUAUAGAUGGUUACAUUUGCAAUUGAGUGAUUUAAUGCCUGCAGUGAUCAUGUUAGCAGCCUGGCCUUUGUAAUGUACUAAAAUGUUGACUUUGCACCAUAAGUGCCCUAGGUUUUAGGGGGUUUUGAAGUCUAGUAGUUAGUUCAGAAACAGAUUGUAGUGUGGUUUUUGAGGUGAGAGUGAACAUAUCUUGCAUGGGUUAUCUGUGCCAAUAUACUAGCGAUAAAAGAGAUGUGCAAAUACAUUUAGAGAUUUAUGUUUUGGAUAUAUUUAUUAAUGUGGUUUUUCAGCAGUUGACUGCUUUCAGCCAAGAAAUGCUAGUUAGGAGACAUAAGCAAAUGUAUAUUCUCUAGAUCAGGUCUUUAAAUUAAAAUUAAAUGCAAUGGUUCUGGCUUCCUUUGCUGUAUAGCAACACUGAACAUGUGGUUAAGUAAACUGUACUUUGAAAAUAUGUAGUUCCUAGAAGCUGUAACUGGGCAAGACUCGUACAUUUAGGGUACAUCUACACAGCAGCAUUAUUUUGGAAUAACAUCCGUUAUUCCGAAAUAGCAUGCGAGCAUCUACACAGCUAGCCCAUUAUUUCAAAAUAAUUUGGAAAUAAUGGGCGGCUUAUUUCGGCAUUAAUAAACCUCAUUCCAUGAAGAAUAACACGGCUUCCGAAAUGGCUUUUUUGGAAUAGCAGUAGAGUGGAUGCUUCACUGCUGCUAUUUCGAAAUAGCUCCUCCCACAGGCCAUUCAAAGUAAUUACUCCCCCGUGCCUCCUGGAGCUGUAAAUCGAAGUAGCACGUCCACAUUAGGGGAGCCUGCCUCAAACUAAUUUACAGACUCCCCUGGAGUAAAGACAUGCUAUUUUAAAAUAAGCUAUUUUGAAGUAUUUCUUCUGGAAUAGCUUAUUCCAAAAUAAUCGUGCAGUGUAGAUGUAGCCUUACAGGCCUUAUUGUAUCAACAGUUAUUACUUAAAAUAGCCUGACAUGCAAGAGGCAAAUGUUGUCUUUAGUUACAAAGGUCUGAUUUGAUUUAUACUGGUGUAAUUGAGAGCAAAGUUUAGCCCCAACUGGUCAGGUUUUUAUUCUUUUUCUUUUCUAACAAAAAUGUUUUUAAGAAUAUUCAAAAAUGAGCUAACCCAUCUGAUUUAACCCUGCUGCCAUAAGAGUCUGGCAAAUAAGAAAUAAAUCUUUAGGUAAUAUUGUGGCUUAUUAAAAUAAGGCUUUUUGAACAUUAUUAGACAUUUCCCUAAAAAUUCAGUUUUAAAAAGACAUAGUUCUAGGUAAUCAUUAAAACACAUAUAUUAAACAGUAAAGGGACAGACCACUUUAAAUGGCACUUGCAUGCCUGGAAGUGAAUCUCCAUACACUUUCAUUUUAUUUUACUGCUAUAUCUGUUUACAGUGUAUAUGUGGAAAAAUUAUAGCUAGUUAAACAGAGAUUAAAAGUUAUUGGGAAAAUGAGUCAGUAAGAAUGAGCAGAAGUUAAACAAUUUACCUUAAUAUCUUAAUCGCUGUCUAAUUAUUUCUGUCUUGACCGUUUACCCUUUGCAUUAAGAGGUUCUGAAUGGAAGAGAAAUUGUGCCAUGUCUGUUCUAAGAUGGUCUAUUGUUUCAAGGCUGGUGAGUUGUCUUUGUAAAUCACAAAUCUUUAACUCAACCAGAGUCUAAGGAACAAAAAGGAGCUGUAAAAAAGUGCUCUCAGCCACCCUUGUAUACACAAUGAAAUGCUUUGUCAUCCUGGCCAGAUUAGAGAGCUCUGGCUAAGAUUGAGAUUAGAGAAGAAAUCCCCUGCUUUAAACCUAUAAAGCAUGUCUUUAAUUAAAUGUCUAUAAAGGUGAUGUCCUCACUUCUCUGAGGAAGGACUGAAGAAGACACUAGAUAAACUGUCAAACUAGUUGCAUUACAGACUAAAUUGUGAAGAAUUCUAACAUUUCCCCCAACUUUUUGUAGUAAUAAAUAUCACAAAUAGAGUUCAAUCCUUAAAACCUUCUGGCUAUUUUGUUGACAGAGGAAUUCCUCAUCCUUCUCCAGAAUGGGUUCAAUUCCGUAAAAGGUCCAACGAGCAGGAAGGACACCUGCACAAGAUGGUAUUCUGUUUAUAGUGCUAUAGUAAGGCCGGAGCUCUGUUGUCAGUCCAUACUCCACAACUUUCCUCUGAUGGGGUUUCCAGAUGUGUUGCCUAACUGGCAUUUGUCUGAACCCAAGGAAAGCACACCAUAAAGAUUGACUGCUCCCCAACUGUGCAUUAUAUGAACCACAUGGCCCUGGAGGCUCUGAACUGGUGGUACCUCCAUGGUGUGUGGGACCAGGGAAGCAUGUAGGAAAGACUCUAUACCCCUAUGCCCUUUUGGGGUCUUCUCUUGCACAUGUUGCUUUCCUCUAUGCUGUGUUGCAGAGGAAAGAAUCUGGCUCUCAGUCCUUCCUCUGACAAAACUUCUCUAAAGUAAUUUUGCCCAAAUAAUAACUUUCAGAUUGGCCCACAGACUUUAGGUUGUAAUGACAACUAGAAAUAAAAAAUGCCUUCAUAAGAGAAAAAAUUCUUCCAAAUUUCCAUGGAUUUUAACUUUCAGGAAGAGGUUGAUUCAUUUGCAGAAUAAAGAAUAAUUAUUAAUUUGAAAUUAAAUAAAUAAAUUCUACCUGAAAUAGUAAAUAAUUCUACCUUAUUUUCCCCCACCAAGAAAAGCAUUUUCUAGUUUAACUAACUCCAUCAUAAGCCUAAAUUGCUGGGACAUUUUAAGUACCUGGAGUGCCUUCAGGAGCAGAGCCCCUUAGCCAGGGGUGAGGAACCUCAGGCCCAGGGGCUGAACGCAGCCAUCAAAUUGUCUGGAUCCGGGCCCUGAGGAUCAGUGCCCUCUCCCCGCAUUGGGAAGCCUGCUUUGGUGCUCCAGCUUCCCGCUGCCCUACCGUGGGGCUGGAGCACACAAAAUCUAGUAGGCUGGGCCCCUAGGCUCUAGUGUGCGAGAGGAAUGUAGGGAAGUGACUGCUUCUCAGUCAGUCAAUAAGAGUUUGGGGGUUUUUUUGCUACUCACUUGUGUGUGGUCCACAACUGAUUUUUUUCUGUGGGUCUGUAGCCCCCGACCCAAAAAAACGUUCCCCAGCCCUGCCCUUAGCUUUCAGUGGUUUCUGUUCACUGAUCCGAAUCAAUGGGAGUGGCAGGAAGUAGCAGCUAGCAUGUCCCUUGGUCUGCACUACCUUCCGUAGGUCGCAUUGUCUGGGAACAGUGAACAACAGGCUAUUGGAGCUGAGAGGCUAUGUGCCUGCAGACACCUCAGGUAAACAAAACAUCCCAACAUUCCAGUGGUUUACGCAGACAAGCUGAGAUGAGAUAUUUGCAAACUGCUGAUACAGAGUCGGCUUAUGAACUGGUCAUUGUGAUUUUUUACAUUUUUUUUAACUUGGGAGGUUGGCUUACGGAUGAAAGGGCUUAUGAUUGAGUAUAUAGGUACUUAAAGUUCACUCACCUUCAAAAUGCAAAUUUUCGAUUAAUGAAAAAGUAAAUGAAAAAAAGAUUCCAUAUUUUCUAAGUGUCAUGCUUUUAUGGAAGCCACUGAAAAACAAGCAAUUAAAUUAGUGUAGCUAAACGGAUUUUUUUAAAGAAGUUAGAGGUAGACAGGAGGGAUGGUUCAUAGAAGAAGGUAUGUGGAAUAAAAUGGCUGUUAUAAGAAGUCCAUGCAAUUGACUGUCUUUUUGAAAGUUUUUGGUUGUUGCUGUGUAUUAAAGAGCUUAUGCUGGAUUUUCAAGACUGAGGAAAACACACAAAUUACAAUAUCUGUUCCUGCCAAGACAGUUGAAAAAAUUACAGUUCAGAAAAGAGUGGGUAUAUAAAGGGGAAAAGGUUGUUUGGUGGAUUUCAACAAUAUUAUUGUCUGAACAUAUGUUAAUUGGAAAAUAAUAGUAUUUAUGAUGAAGAUUAAUUUAAUGAAAUCUUAAAGGAUAUUCUCUAAUGUAAGUGUGCAUGUACAUAUACUUGUAAAGUAUGUGUAUUACUGGAGAAAUAUUCAGAACUAAGCCAUGGGUUCCUUUAUGAGGAAUGCAGUUUAUUCAUGCAAAAUUUGAGCAUGAAUUUUGCACUCAGAAUUACAUGUGCAAACCUUGAGCAUAUAAAACUUUAAUACCCCCCCACCCCAUUUUUAUGAAUAUUCAGGUAGAUAGAGAUUUGUGGUUUAUGAUAAACUGAUCUUAUCUACAUUUGUGGCUGCAACAUAAUUGUAGAAGCAAAAGGUAUACUUUUAAAAUAUUGGCUCUGUGAAACAAUUCACAGACUAGAAAGAAUAGUUUUGUCCUAACUGACAGGGUAAGAAGUCUCAGGGGGAGAUGUGUUAAUCUGUAACUUUAAAAAAUGAGAAGCCCUGUGGUAUCUUAAGGCAUGUCUACACUAGGAAAUUAUUUUGAAAUAACUUAUUUUGAAGUAACUAUUUCAAAAUAAGCAUUAUUCCAUGUGUAAAGCAGGCGCUAUUAUUUCAAAAUAACCAGACCCUUAUUUCAAAAUAACAGGCUUGAUAGUGUGGAUGCGCCGCCUGUAAUUUCAAAAUAAGGGGAGUUAUUUUGAAAUAACUCCCUAGAGUAGGCCAGGGCUUAGAGACUAACAAAAAUAUGUAAGAUAUAGCACUAAAACCAAAUAUUUUAAAAGUUCCCUCAUUUAUCUGCCAGCACCUGAGUUCAGGUUUUGCUUGCAAACACUAAUACCAUCAGAGGUACCUAUUGCAAAACUACAAAUUAAGGUUCCUACCCUUUAAAUUUGAUACUAUUAGCUCUUUCAAGAGAUGCACAAAACUCCGAACCAAAAGUCUUGGCUAGUUAAAACAGACAAUUAAGCUCCAUUCAGCUACUCUGAUGACUACUGCUCAGUAUAAGGGCAGAAAAAUAACACUAUUCCUGAUUUUGGAAUUUAAACAGAUAUAGUAUCUCUGUUUAUUUUCAUUAGACAGUUUAUAAAUCAGUUUAUUUUCAUUAGACAAUACUGUUGUCUAAUGAUGCAACACAUGAAGGGGCAAAGAGUAUACACAGUGAGGUUCAUAUUAUGACGAAUGAGUGCCAGUGUUCCAAAGAAACACUGCCUCUUAGGCCAGUUUUACACUAUGAACUAUGGUAAGUUCAAGGAACUUAAAAGUGAGCACCUGAGGCUAUGGACAAAUCAAAUAUAACAAAUACAAGAAAUUAAAAAAGCAAAAGAAAAUAGCUUUUUGAGACGAUAGCUAUUCUUUUUGGCCUUUCUUUUCUCAUCAUAGGGAUAAUUCACUGUAAAUGAAUUAAUGGUGAAAAGUUCAGUAAAAGCCUUUAGUAAGGAAACAGGAGCAGUGUAUCAGGAUAUCCUUUUUCCGCACCAGAGUACCCAAUACUUUCAAUUUUAUAUACAGCGGAAGUAAUUAAUUGUAACAUAAAGAAGCACAGCUGUGUUUCCUGAUGGCCAUGGACGCAACAGCUACUAUUGUUUAAGGCUGAGAAAGUGUGUUAAAAAGUGUUCAACUGCCUUGAGAUUUUUUGUUGUCCUAUGAAUUUAAUUUCUAGUCUAAGCUUUUGAAUGUUAUGGAAUGUUAAUACUAUUUGCCUAAGGCCAAAUUCUGCAUCCCUUAUUCAGACAAAACUACUUUGAACUUCACUAGGAGUUGUACCUCAUUAAGGAUUAAAAUCUAAUCCAGAGGUGCUGAGAACCUGUCUACACUAGGUAAAAGCAAUGGAAUUUAGAAAUACUUCCCAUAGGUCAGGAUAUAGUCCCAAAUAAGGAAUGCAAGAUUGUCUCUUUGUUUUGUGGCUUUUAAACUUAUUCAAAUUUCAUUUCCAAAUGUGUGCAGGUACAUGUGUUGGAUUGAAAGCCUGAGAGAAUAUUUCUUUACCUUCAAUACUUUCUUAUUAUGCAUUUUGAAUACACAACAUGACCAUUGAUUGUAUUUCUCCUAAAAACUACUUGGCUGACCGCAAGCAGUCAUUUGAUUUUUUUUAAAUGCAGUUGAGCUGUACCAUUGUAAUAUUAUAGAAUGCAUGUUAUAGAAUGCCUGACUGUAAAUGAUUUCCCAGCGCUAGAGAAGACGAUUUGUGAAGAACUGUAAAUCUCUUGGAAUAUACAAAGGAUUUCCAUGCACUGUCUACUGUACUUCUACACGCAUGAACAAAAAGAUCACUUAGGUGCAUCUAUAACUGUAGUAAUACAUUUGUGGUUAAGGAUAUGUUGACAAUGACACAGAUAAAAUAAAAUUGAAGUGUGAUUCAUUACAAAUUA